AUGGGUUCAGGAAUUUUGUGUCUACUAGCUGAGAAGUGGAGUGAAAGUUAUGCACCGAUUAUAAUUAUCAUUAAUCUGGAUGUGAUGCUCAAGAAAUGCGAUACCAUUGGUGAACUGAAGUAUUACGGGCCACUUAAGACUGAUGGGGAGGGCAUCUCUAUACCCAGAUCAUCAGCCUCAGUUCAGCCAAUGAAUCAGCCUAAUAAUGCAACUGUUUCAAUCUUAUGUUACUGGUAUCUUCUGGACUCAAUAGCCAAGUUUAAAGGAGAGGACUUGGGUUCUCUACCUCUGAAGAGUGAAAAUGUCGGUUCAACCUCUGGAAUGAACAGCAUUGGUUUUGGUACUGGAUAUAGGGAACCCACAGCAUCUAUUAUGAAUUACAGUGGAAAUACUAGCAACUUGGCUAGAGAAACUGCUGCAUCGGAAAAUCAGGUGCGUUCAUCUACUAAUCAGUACAGUGGUUCCACUCUUUCUUCAUCUGGCCAACUGGCAUCUUAUGGGAGCAGUAACCCGACUCCUGUGGCAAGUGCUGGUGGUGAGUGCUUCAAAUGCCAUCAAAUUGGGCACUGGGCAAAAGAUUGUCCCGGCUUGAGCAAUGGUCCUCCAGCCUAUCGGAGCUGUAACUCGACUCCUGGACGAUAUGGUAAUGUACCAAAGCAACACGUUGGUGGGUUCUAA